AUGAGAUUGACAGGCAAUAUGACAGCGAAUGUUGAUGACUUGCUCCAGGGUAUUAUAGACUCCGCCGAGGCAACCCAGCGCUCCGUAAGCGCGUUAGACAAAUCCUUGGAUGCCGACACAGUGCCGGAACUCGUUCAAGACAUGUUGACGAAAUUGGGUCAAUCGGCGCCCGAAGGUUUGUCGUUACUUUCAUUGAAAAAUAGCGCUUUGCUUUCUUAUAUCAACCAGUUGGCGCUCAUCACGACGUUGUGCCACCUCAAGAGAAUGCAUGGUGACGACGUCGAGGAGGCCAGGAACCAGGCGAUAGAAAACUCCAUUGCACAGCGGGUCUGCUUGGAGAAAGGUGUGAAGCCGCUUGAGAAGAAACUCAAUUAUCAGCUCGAGAAAACGAUAGGAUCGUAUGUGAAGAUGAAGGAAAACGAACAAAAGUUGGAGCAAUCGCUCGAGAAAAAUGGAUCUGUUGAAGAUCUGGAUUCUGACGAUGAAUCUGAUGAUGAAAAACUUGCCCAUAGACCAGAUGCUACUGCCUUGGCCAAGAUGUCAAGACCAAAAGAUUCCGACAGUAUCAGCACUAAAGAAAAGUAUAAGCCUCCAAAAAUCUCGGCUGUGGCACCUCCUACCAAAGACGCUCCUGUGCAGCGUAGUAAUCGUAAGCUUCAAAGUAUGGAAGAAUACUUGCGAGAAAGUUCCGAUUUGCCCCAAGUGGACCAAUCUAUUGGUACAAAUAUCGUCGAUCAUGGUCGUGGUGGCAUAAAGACACAAGCCGAGAGAAAGAAAGAGAAGGAAAUUCAAGACUACGAAGAGAGCAAUUUUAUUAGAUUACCAUCAACGUCCACGAAAACAUCUGCCAAGCAAAAGCGUCACAAUAUGAUGAACACAUUUGCUGGAGAAGACUGGUCGAUGUUCAAUAAUACCAGGGACAUUUCUUCCAGUACGUCUCGGAAACGCAAACCAAAUUCCGUAUGGGACCGUGUGAAGCGCAAGAGAACAUAG